AUGCCUCCCAGGAAGAAAGCCAGGUGCACUUCUCCUACACAGUCCUUGAGUCCCCACAAUUUGAGGAUGAGGAAGGUCACUAACACAGCACCCGAAGACACUGACACUUCUCAACGGCGAAGCAAAUGGUCCACACGAGGUGUUGGUGGUCAUGUAGCACAGCUCAAAAAAGCUGGAGAGAUCUUAAUGGCCCCAGCAAGGCAAUGGAAGGGAAGAGGUACUGUCAAAAUAAGUGACUCAGAAGUCAAUCCCAUGGCACCUUCGCAGCAGCUCAAGAAAGGGAAGAAAAAGGCUGACACAAAUUCGCUGCCUCGCCCUGUUGAAGACGAUGGCUCACAAUCAAACACUCAACAUUGUCAGCUGUUCCUACGUGUGGCCGGCCCUGAUGAUAGGUUUGGAUUUAAGUCAUCUUCCACUGACAAACAGGAUCCCCGGGAGGCAACUCAGCCCAUUGGUUGCAGCUCUAAGAAGGCUGUAGGUGAAUCCUUAGAACGUGAGGUGAGGAAGGAUAGAAUGUGGAAUUUGGAUGAACGUGACGAGUCAGAGAAUGACACUGAUGAGCAGGAUCACAAUGAUCAACCCAGCGAAGAUGAAGAUAGUUUGUUGCAGGAUACGCAGGAGGCUCCAGUCGACCACAUGGCCUUAUAUGGUGAUGAAGACGAUGAAGACAGAGAUACUCACAUGGAUCCCGACCAGGGGGAUUUUGACAGUCCACCCAUCUACAUGAAGCUGGCUCGAAGUCUCAUCAGCAUUCACCCAGUCAGGGAUCUCAUCACCUCUCCCUCAAAUGAGCAUGCACUUCUUCCUCUUCCGGGCGCUUGGCCCUUGGACAUGCGCCUCACAGAGCACAAUCUGAAUAAACCACAUUGA